AAUAAUAAUAAUAAUAAUAAUAAUAAUAAUAAUAAUAAUAAUAAUAAUAAUAAUGAUAAUAAUAUCAAAGCAGCAAACACUUGGGCUGUGUCGCUCAUGAGGUAUGGAGCAGGAACAAUUAAAUGGAAUGAGGGGGAACUUCAGGAAAUAGAUAGGAAAUCUACAAAAAUCAAGACAAUGAAUAAGGAGCUACACGCUAGAAGUGAUGUUCCCAGAAUAUACGUACCCAGAAAGAAGGGAGGAAUAGGCUUGAUCAGUUGUGAGAGCUGCGUGAGGAGAGAAGAGAACAACUUGAGUUGGUAUGUGAGAAAUAGUGAAGAGGCAUUACUCAGGAAAGUUGGAGAUAGCAAUGUAGUCAACAUCUCAGAGGCUGUGGAUCCAAAGGAGUACAAAGUGGAUGAAGUAAAGGAGACGGAGAAUGAAUGGAAGCAGAAAAGAUUGCAUGGGCAGUAUGUGAGAGAAAAGGAAGGUAUUGACUGGGAUAGAACUUGGCAGUGGAUUGCAAAAGGGAGGUUUGAAAGGAUGUACUGAGGCCCUGAUAUGUAGCGCCCAGGAACAAGCUUUGAGAACAAAUUAUACGAGAUUUUAUAUUGAUCAAACAGCGGAAUCCCCUUUGUGCAGAAUGUGCGGAAGUAAGGGAGAAACGGUGGCCGAUGUGGUAGGUGAGUGCGGUAAGCUGACGCAGACAGAAUAUAAAGGAAGGCAUGAAAACAUGGCAGGGUAUAUUCACUGGCAACUUUGCGGUAAAUGCGGAUUGGAAAGAGCUAAUAGCUGGUACGAAAAGAGGCCGGAGGGGGUGGUGGAAAGUGCAUGAAAACUUCAAGAUACUGUGGGAUUCCACAGUCCAGUGUGAUCGGAAACACAGGUUGAAAAAAGGCGUUUCCGUUUCCGUUUUUGUAACGGCUACCUCACUGAAACCUGAAUAUCCGCAGACGGAAUUGUAACUAACCGUUGCGGGAAACACGUGUAUACGUCAUGUUUCAGUUUCUGCGGAGACGCUUAAACGCAUCCCUUAUACUCGCGUUUCCGUCAGGUUUACUCUUGCGGAAACGUUAACUGCCGUCAUGUUUCCGCAGCUCGUAAAUUCAGAGGAUACUUAAUUAUCCGUUGAGUUUCCGGAACAAUGAAUGCGGAAACUCAGUUUGACCGGUUUACUUUCUGCAGCCUUCAUCUUUCCACAGAUUUCACUUUCGGUGGAUUAUUCACUGGAUUUCCUAAAUGUAUUAACUCUACUUAACCACCCAGUUUUGAAUCAUAUGUUCAUUCUAUCCGGUAUAUAAAAAAGUGGACGUUUGUGAGACAACACUGGACCGUUUCAUGCAUCCACAAUGACCCAUUUUCGCUGAUACACACAAAUCAAGCUGAGUCAUAUUUAGGUGCAUUUUUGGUAUUAAAGUUUUUAUUAAAAUAAUUCUCUCUCCAUUUUCAUAUAAUAUGUACAUACGUAUAUUAAAUAUUUUCACAAUAAAAAGAGACUCCUUACAAUGUAUUCCUAUUUUCUAUAUCCAAAACUGUAACUUUUCCAUUUCAAUAGGCCACUUCCGAGUUCCAAAAACCACCACUACCAAAAUGAGGCGAGGUGCGCAACCUUUCUUGUGAAAAUGAGGUUUAUUUGCAUGAGAAUGAAAAAUGAUUUCCAUAUCAAAGGCUGAGCACUUAACCUCGUUUUGAAACAUGAAACAGAGGCCCGGGGGAACUCGAAAAUGGCCUAUUAAAUAAUCCUUUUAGAAUUGACCAAAUUCAAAAUUUUUUCCUUGAAAUGAUUAGAUUAACAUAAUAAUUAUACAGUCUAACCUCUUCUUAUGGACACUUCUAUACGACGGACAGUUCGUUUGGUCCCAGUAAAGCCAAAAAUCAUGCAAUCCCUACCUCUAUAAUAUAGACACCUCUGUAAAGGGGACACUUGGUUCUGUCCCCUUAGUGUCCGUAUUAAAGAGGUUUGACGUUAUUAUAAGUAACGUGCAUUUCCAUUCCAAAAUAACUCCAAGAAGUAGUUCACGACAAAAUUGUUGCAUAAUUUAAUAAGAACAAUAUUACAAAUAAAGUCUUACUUAGUUACAUGUAAGACUGCAGAAAAUCCCAUUAGGAAAUCUAAACUGCUGCCUUAAUUCUUAUUAGCAAGUACCAGUACUUGGUGGAUCAUCCCCAAAAAUUAUUGUUAAAGCCUAUACAAACUGAUGAGAGGCCAUUAUUGGGGAGUAUCAGACUGAUGCUGCAAAGACGAUAGGAUGCAAACAAAACUAGCCAUUGGCUUUAUAUACAAAUGUAUAAGCUAACAUCUCUACACAUGUAUCUCACUUUUUGUCGCCACUCUGUUGUAAGUGCAUGGCUACAAGUGGCAUACAAAGUAGUCUACGAGAAUUUGCCUACAUUUGAGUUUGAAUAAUAAUGACAAACUGGACACUUUUAACAAGCGACUCACUUACACAAUGCAUUUAUCUUACACUCCCUGUUUUAUAGUAUUCAUUGACUGUCCUGUAAUUUCAGCAAUUAAUGAACACAGUCGAGUAAAGAUUGUCUUUUAGAAUAAAACUCUUAUCUCCUUUCCAAUAAGAUUGUGCAAUUUAGUUAGAGUUGAUCAUCACAGGAUCAUCCUGACUGAAGAAGGCACAUUAAUCUAUUAGGGACUUUAAGCCGAUUGCUACAGUGACCUCUACUAUGGUAGUCGUGGUUGCAGUCCUGAAGAGAGUAUGUCACUUUCAACUUUAUGCAAGUGGCACCCAAAAGUCACUACAGGGCAUUUGGCUUAUUUGGUUUCGUUGUUAGUAAAACGCAGGGAAGACUGAAUUACUACCCAAGGAACUAGAAGUGUCAAAUACUUUCUUGAUUAAGAGAAAAAAAAAUGAUAUGUUUUAAACCAGUGAAAAAUAGGGGAAAAGUAGAAUUUUAUACUCAUGUAGAAGCGACUAUGCCAUCACAUUUUGUGCUUCGGCUAAAGGUCAUUAUUUUUCUGGACAUCAUGCGCACGGCGUCAUUUUUGGACUUUUUACUCCCAGUUGCCAUAGUAGCGAUCACCGCAGCAAUUUGUUACUUUGGUUUUAUUGGCAUCCUGCCCAUGAAGGGCAGUUAUUUGGUACUGGUCUGUCUGACAAGUAUUUAUCAACCUCUCUGGUUAUUUUCCCGGCUGUUUUUUCUUUGCCUCUUUAACAUGCGAGCCUCACAAAAGGUGUCAAGAACAGUAUUGAUGUUUCUUAGCUUUGACCUCUCUGAGCAUAGUGGCCUGAUGUACGGGGUGCUGGAUCACUGGCCCUCUCUUCAUUGUCUUCACUCUCCUCCAAAGACAUAAAUUGGAUAGCAUUGUGUAGGUCUAAUAAAGCCUUUAUUUUGGCUUUGUCAUCCAGAGAAAGCUGUGCCUUGUCCAACAUGUCUGUGCGAUUCGUCAAUUCCUGAACACCAAAAAAACUUAUUUAGUAACAGUGGCAUGACUACUGUGAGAAAGAUUUAAUUAACAUUUACCUUGUUCUUCAGCAACAGUUUAGUCUGGCAAAAUAGUCACCCUAACUAUUUUGAAUCGUUAGAUUUGGUUCUUGCUCUCCACUCUGAGCAAUUUACACUACAAUCAAACCUUGCAUAUAAAUGGAAAGGACACUGUUAACAUUAAAAAUGUCAAAGGGGGUAGGGUGUGGCACUCGUGCAUUCUAUAACAAUCAUAAAUUAUGUAUGCAUAAGACAAACAUGCAAAACAUGUGUUGUGUUGUUAAAAAAUGAAAGAGCCUUGUGCCCUUAACCUGAAAGAUCCAGGUACCCAGGAUGAAUGUGUUUGAACAAACUAAGACUUCCUUGUCUCCCAAGAGCAACAGUAAUGCAACAGGGGCCAACAGGCACUGCCAUAAGCACAGCUCUGUUACAGGACAGGCUAAGUAAAUCACCAAGUGGAUGACUUAAACUACACAGUAGAAAUAUUUGCACUGCAAGCAUUAACAAAAUAAUGUACAUGUAUUUUACCUACCUUUUUAGCUCUCAAAUUGGAAUCUUGUCUGAACUCUGUGUUCUUCAAGUUUUCCAUUUUACCGCCUUACUAGGUCUGCGCGGGUACUUCUCUUACUCCAGUACUGAAAAAUGGCCCCUAGCAAAAGGAAAGCAUGUUAAAUUUGCAGGUCUGUAGAAAAGGAAUUAAGAGUGCUUCUUGGUGUUGCUAAAAGUAUUGUUGGUUUGCUCUUGUUUUUGGUGUGGGUAUUAUUAAGUGGCUUUUCAAUCUUUUGUAUUUAUGUCAUUAGGGGAUUUCACUUGUCGGCAACACGAAGAAACUACAGUGGAACCCUGUUAACAUGGUCAUCAAUGGGCCAAAAAAGUUUUGCCGUAUUAAUGGGUGAUGGUAUUUUUGAGGGUUUGUUUACAAGAAAAUGAAUGGUGGUUUUUGCCAGGUGGCCAAAAAAAAGUGGCUGUAAUAACAAGGUGACUGUAUUACCGAGGUGGCCGUAAGGUGGGGUUUCACUGUACCAAAUACAAGAAACUUAGAAAAGUGUACAACUUACCUUUUUUCUCUGUUUUGGGCCAUUUCUUUUACCCAAAAUUUCCCCUGACUUCAUUAACCAAAAUACCCUCAAUGUUUUUGUUCUCCGCAUCAGUAUACCUCAAAGAAAUAAAGACCAAAAACAAUGUCAAAUAUUUAUAUCAAAAUAAUACUACACGUAUUACAUGACUGUAUUGUAACAGCCUGGUUCUAAAAAAACUAGAGAGCUUAAAAUGAGGCAGUUUUCUGGUAGUGCAUUACAACAAAAAAUAUUUAAAAAAUGAAGGUUGCUUUUAUCAUCGAAUAAAGCCAUUAUCCAAGUGCUUGAGGCACAAAACAAAAUUAAAGUGUAACAAUAUAAAAACACUCUGUAAUCGUCAAGCUGAUCUCCUUAUGGCAUUUGUAAAAAUUGAAAGUAUCAUUAACACAAGCACCAUUUUGUCCACUCAAAGAAGGAUAAAUAGAAUAAUUGCAACUUCCCACUCAAAGAUGGGCAUCUUUCUUGAGUCAAUGAAGGUUGCUUUGUCAUCAAAUAAAGCUGUUAUCCUUGUUUUCGAAGCUUAACAACAAAUUGAGGUGUAAAGAAAUUAUAUUCCUGACUAAUAUUCUUGUUUAUCUCCUGGUGACUGUUGCAACAUUUGAAAUAUCAUUGACACAAGCACUACUUUGUCCACUCAAAGAUGGAUAAAUAGAAUUGCGACUUCCCACUCAAAGAUGGGCGUCUUACUUGUGUCAAUGAAGGUUGCUUUGUCAUCGAAUAAAGCUGUUAGAUAUAUCCCUGUGUUCGAAACUUAAGAACAAAUUGAAGUGUAGGGAAAUUAUAUUUCUUAAAAAUAUUCUUGUUUAUCUCCUGGUGACUGUUGCAACAUAUUUUGAAAUAUCAUUGACACAAGCACUACUUGGUCCACUCAAAGAUGGAUAAAUAGAAUUGCGACUUCCCACUCAAAGAUGGGCGUCUUACUUGUGUCAAUGAAGGUUGCCUUGUCAUCGAAUAAAGUUGUUAUCCUUGUGUUCGAAGCUUAACGACAAAUUGAAGUGUAAGGAAAUUAUAUUCUUGACUAAUAUUCUUGUUUAUCUCCUGGUGACUGUUGCAACAUUUGAAGUAUCAUUGACACAAGCACUACUUUGUCCAUUCAAAGAUGGAUAAAAAAAAUUGCGACUUCCCACUCAAAGAUGGGCGUCUUACUUGUGUCAAUGAAGGUUACUUUGUCAUCGAAUAAACCUGCUAUCCUUGUGCUCUAAGCUUAACGACAAAUUGAAGUGUAAGGAAAUUAUAUUCUUGACUAAUAUUCUUGUUUGUCUCCCGGUGACUGUUGCAACAUUUGAAGUAUCAUUGACACAAGCACUACUUUGUCCACUCAAAGAUGGAUAAAUAGAAUUGCGACUUCCCACUCAAAGAUGGGUGUCUUACUUGUGUCAAUGAAGGUUGCUUUGUCAUCAAAUAAAGCUGUUAUCCUUGUGUUCGAAGCUUAACCACAAAUUGAAGUGAACGCGCAUUACAUUCCUGAAUAAUAUUCUUGUUUAUCUCCUGGUGACUGUUGCAACAUUUGAAAUAUCAUUGACACAAGCGCUACUUUGUCCACUCAAAGAUGGAUAAAUAGAAUUGCGACUUCCCACUCAAAGAUGGGCGUCUUACUUGUGUCAAUGAAGGUUGCUUUGUCAUCGAAUAAAGCUGUUAUUCUUGUGUUCAAAGUUUAAUGACAAAUUGAAGUGUACGGGAAUUAUAUUCCUGACUAAUAUUCUUGUUUAUUUGCUGGUGACUGUUGCAACAUUUGAAAUAUCAUUGACACAAGCACUACUUUGUCCACCCAAAGAUGGAUAAAUAGAAUUGCGACUUCCCACUCAAAGAUGGGCGUCUUACUUGUGUCAAUGAAGGUUGCUUUGUCAUCGAAUAAAGCUGCUAUCCUUGUGUUCGAAGCUUAAAGGGGCUAUGUCAGCUGGAGAGCAUGCGCUCUGAGGUUAUGCAAAUUACUUUCAACUGUCAAAAUUCUAUUGUUUUUAACGCGUGACUUUCUCCAUGUGCGCUGUGAGGUUAUGCAAAUUACUUUCAACUGUCAAAAUUCUAUUGUUUUUAACGCGUGACUUUCUUCAUGUUCUCCGUCACGUCCAAGGUUCCGAAUUUAGAGAGGUUUAGCGAAAUGGGUUUAGAUAAGGGAUAUUUCGAUAGAAUUUAUGGAACGUUUCUUCUCUGGUUAUGCUAGAUCAAGAAUAAAAUUGCGACGACAAUUUUACUUGUAGUUUUGAAGUAAAAACGCAUGCCAUUCAUAAAAUAGAGCGCAAGCAAAAAUUCAACAACAACAUAUUGUCUUAUUCAACAAAAUAAAUGGAAGUUGUAUUUUACAAACGAGCUACAAAAGACGCUAGACCGAAGAUAAAGACCAAGACUGUUUCAAAUCAUUAACAAUUAGACUUGUCUGUCGCUAUUGAUUUUAUAAUUUGGAUGCUGAUAGAACAAGAGACCAAGUCUUUGCUUUGAUCUUAGGGAAACAUACAUUAUCGCGCAAAAUUGUUCGAUCGUGCCGAAUCACUGCGACGUCGAGAAAAACAGAACCCAGCAUCAUUGGUAUACUACUCCACUAUAAGCAGUCCGUUGAUAAAAAGGGAAAGCAAACUCUGCUAUUUUCCAAAAUUAUGCUCCAACACAAACAGUUCAAAAACAUGGCAUUUACAGGAUCUAACUCGUACUAAGGUGCCUCUCUAAGUCCGUUGAGAACAAUCUGGACGAGCAAACGGUCGUGUUUAUCUUUGCCGUGAAUCGAGAUAAAUACAAGAAGGAAUCUAGCCGAAUUUUAGAAUGUUUCCUUCGCCAGGAGUUUAGUUUCGUCACGAAACUCAUGGCCUGAUGCUCUUGUAAUCGUUUACAAAAAACGGCCGCCGCCAACUCGAUAGCCGCUUCAUUAUAUGUCCACAUACUUUGAGCACAAGAAAAAUCCAAGAGCCAGCAGCCUCUAAAAUAACUCAAUAGAAAGGCCCUGUGAACUAUAGGGAAGAUUCCAUCAAAGAUUCCAUCACUCAUUGUGGAGUAGCCGUCAUUAACUCUGCCAUUACAACGGCCGCUGAUAAGAGGACACAGUAAAUCCACGUAAAAACAUUCCACAGGCAAACAAUUUUAAAAUAACGCCAAAAAACUGUUCUGUAAUCACCAUAGAAUGAUUCUUAAUACAAAACUUCGCUAACUAUCGAACGAUGGCUGAGAUUUAGACAGAUAAAAACAGCCUUCCAAAAUCUCCGACACAACUUGAAAAAGUUGGGCUGUCUUUUUCAAGUUUGUUUUCAUUGGCUCGCGCAUGCGUGUUGGGUGACAUAGCCCCUUUAACGAUAAAUUGAAGUGUAAGGAAAUUAUAUUCCUGAAAAAUCUUCUUGUUUAUCUCCUGGUGACUGUUGGAACAUUUGAAAUAUCAUUGACACAAGCACUACUUUGUCCACUCAAAGAUGGAUAAAUAGAAUUGCGACUUCCCACUCAAAGAUGUUCGUCUUACUUGUGUCAAUGAAGGUUGCUUUGUCAUCGAAUAAAGUUGUUAUUCUUGUGUUCAAAGUUUAAUGACAAAUUGGAAUGUAAGGAAAUGCACAUUGUAUGCAAAAAAUUAAUAUGAACAUUAAAUAUUAUUUUUGUACAGGGUUAUCCUUGUGAUAAACAUCUACAGUCGCAGAAAUUGGGGUGGAAAUGUUUUGUACCUUUCAGUGUUAAGGAAUUUAAAUAAUGUUUUUCUGUCCUUGCUAUUUGAUUCCGUACCCCGUUCCGUGAUUCCGUUUCCUCAAUCGAGUUUCAAUAUUUUACGGGUGCCAUCUUCGCCAUUAAAAUGUGCAUUAGUAUACAGAAAAUUUUUUUUUCGGUGAAGCAGCAACUAUGUCUUUAUUUUAAAAGAAAUCAGAGAAAGACGUGCUUUACAGGCAUAUGUUCUCAAAGAAACUACGGGCUACAUACAAAGGUCAGAUCUGUACUGUAGGAAGCAACUCGCUGCCGCAUGAAGCUCACAUGUGAAACGAUUUUUAUGAUCGACAUCGAUGAAAUGCUCCCAAAGCUAUUACAUAGACUUAAAUAUGCUUCUAUAUAUUUAAACAAUAUUCAGAGUGUACUUACGAAACAACAAGGAUCCACAGUUUAAAAUCGGCGUUCUUUCUUCUCAAUGGUUGUUGAAACACUCAGUGUGCAUUCGAGUCGCCAAGAGUGAACACUGAACUCCUUCAUCACCGCUUCCAUGGGAUUUGGCGUUUCAUGUAAAUAGUUUUUCGAACUAUUAUUCCUCCCUGCAGUCUAUCUCCGCAAUCUAUCACACUCUCCUCGCUCAUCUUCACAAAAAAACGGUCCUGCAUGUACAAACCACCAAAAUGGAAGGCGAACCGACAGCGAAGAAUGUUCAAAAAGGCGCGCGAUUCAAAAUUCAACCUGAAAACGAGGCACCCAUGCUCGUAAGACACACGCCUCCAGAGCUAGGCUAAAUGCGUGCAAGCGUGUUAAUAAAUCAUUUAUAAUUUAUUUUGCUGUUUCUAAAUUGUUUCCAAUUACGCUUCAAUGUUUGGAGCGCCAGUAAUUUUAAUAAUACAUCUUUGAAUCUCUUAAAAAAGAAGACAGAGAGAAUCAUCUAUCACUUUUCCAGUAUUUACGACGUGUAGGUUAGAGCAGGCGAUUAUCUCUGUUCUUUCGGAUAUUUUAGGUCAAUGCAAUGAUUACGUCAAUGAUUCCUCAUCUUUCCUGAAGCGUAAUCAGUACAGUUAAAACAAAUUUUAUGAUAUGAGAAACCUGGGUUUGAUCAUGAAAACCAGCAAAUUUCAGUAACAAAACCGCUUGCGAAAACGCAAUGGAAACGAGCUGACACGUUUAAGUCAACGGAAGCGCUGCGGAAACACGAAACAAUGCCUCCAUUUUCAUCCUACACGUUUCCCGUCGAAACCGUCGCGCGGAAAAGCAAUGGAAUUUUGAACCAUCGGGUUUCCGCAACAUUUCCGAAUUGCGGAAACACCUUUUUUCACCCUGUGAAAAUUGAAGCAAGAAAACCAGGCAUUGUCUUUAUUGAUAAGAAGGAGAGAGUGGUUAUCAUAACUGAUCUUGCCAUCCCAGGUGAUGACAGGGUGAAAGGUAAGGAACUUCAGAAGUUAGAGAAAUACCAACUAUUGAAAGAUGAGAUUGCAAAAGUCUGGCGCAUGCGAAAAGUUAUUGUAGUGCAUGUUGUCAUUAGGGCCCUUUGA